CCUUUGAGGGAAGAAAGAAAAGAUAGGCACAAAAAUAUGUGACCAGGUUCAGUGAACUCUGGCUAUUCAAUUCCUUACCAUAAUCACCACUCACUCAUUUAGUCAUUCCAUUUUCCUCAAAGUAAAAUAACAGUAGAAGGUAGCGUCUCUCUUCCAAAAGUAAACUUAAAGCAUAACACAACAAAUUCUAUUUUCACUUUGCACCACAACAAUCGCUCAAACCAAGUUGUUACUAUGUCUAAUUUCUCAGAGUUCAAACCUCUCAACGAAAACACACUCAUCGAAUACAUAAAAUCAAUCCCUUCCCUUUCAUCAAAACUCGGCAACAACUUUUCCGACAUAACCGUUAAAGAAGUCGGAGAUGGCAACCUUAAUUUCGUCUUCAUCGUUUCAAACUCAACUGGUUCUUUUGUCCUCAAACAGGCUUUACCAUAUGUUCGUUGCAUAGGAGAAUCAUGGCCGAUGACAAAAGAAAGAGCUUAUUUUGAAUCGUUGGCUUUGAAAGAAGAGGGUAAACUGUGUCCUCAACAUGUUCCAGAAGUUUAUCAUUUUGAUCGUACAAUGUCUUUGAUUGGUAUGCGUUAUUUGGAACCGCCGCAUAUAAUUCUCAGAAAAGGGUUGAUUGCUGGUGUUGAGUACCCUUUGUUAGCUGAACAUAUGUCUGAUUUCAUGGCAAAGACACUCUUUUUUACUUCUCUGCUUUUUCGUUCUACCACUGAGCAUAAACGGGACGUUGCCGAAUUUUGCGGGAAUGUGGAGUUAUGCAGGCUCACUGAGCAGGUUGUUUUUUCCGACCCUUAUAAAGUUUCUGAGUAUAAUCGCUGGAAUUCUCCUUAUCUGGACCAAGAUGCCAAGGCUGUUCGGGAAGACAAUCUACUAAAGCUUGAAGUUGCUGAGCUGAAAUCGAAGUUCUGUGAAAGGGCUCAGGCACUAAUACAUGGAGAUCUACACACUGGUUCUGUGAUGGUUACUCGUGAAUCAACACAAGUUAUUGAUCCUGAGUUUGCAUUUUAUGGACCAAUCGGUUUUGAUAUUGGAGCAUUCCUGGGAAACUUGAUUUUGGCGUACUAUUCUCAGGAUGGGCAUGCUGAUCAAGCAAACGAUCGAAAAGGAUAUAAGGAAUGGAUUCUUAAGACAAUUGAAGACACUUGGAAUCUUUUCCACCAUAAAUUCACUGCACUUUGGGAUGAACAUAAAAAUGGUGCUGGUGAGGCAUAUCUUCCAGCAAUCUAUAACAAUCCUGAAGUUCAGCUACUUGUACAGAAGAAAUACAUAACAGAUGUGUUUCAUGAUAGUCUCGGAUUUGGUGCUGCCAAAAUGAUAAGGAGAAUUAUUGGUGUGGCACAUGUUGAGGAUCUUGAAUCUAUUGCUGAUGCUGGUAAACGGGCAACCUGUGAACAUCGGGCACUCAAUUUAGCUAAGACGCUUCUCAAGGAAAGAAGAAAAUUUGAGAGCAUUUCUGAAAUUGUCUCAGCAAUUCAGCAAUUUUAGUCUUGACAAGGUUUUGUUAUAUCAAUACCUUUACCUCCCAUCAUUUAUCUGUUUUCUAAUAUAUUAUCUCUUAGAUUUUGGCCUGGUGAGUAGAGUACUACCGGAUAACUGAUUCUCUGCCAAGUUAUGUAUAGUGAAUGAAUUUUCUUGUAUCUUCUCUGUGGUGAGAUGGUACUGAUAGCAUAACACUGCAAUAGUGUACACUGUGUUGUUUACAAGUUUCGUGUGAUUACAUAAGGUUCCAUUUGAAGUUAUUUUUGAUAUGAUACUCAAUUAUCAAAUAUGAUGGAUAAGAUGAUGCUUCUACUGAUUCAGUAUUGUAAUUUUAAUGCUGUUGGAUUUAAAUAAUAUAUUUUACCUUAUAUUUAA